GGAGGAAUACCCUUAUUAUAAAAGGCAGACUUUCCCUUCCAUUGCACAGAAAGUAGUUUUGCUCCCAAUUCAAAGGAGCCAUGCGGUUUUUCGUCCUGGUCCUUUUUCUCGGCGAGCUGCUCAGCAGCGCCACCUGCUGUCCCGCCGGCUGCGACUGCGGCAACGAGGAAGUGGUCGAGUGCGGAGCGGACGUCACGGAUGUGCCCUCUCCGGUGUCCCCCAGGACGAUCCUGCUGCGGUUGGCCGGCACUCGGAUAGCCGAACUGGGCGAGGGAAGCUUCCGCGACAUGCCCGCCCUGCUCGGGAUCGACCUCAGUCACAGUCGGGUGAGAACCGUCCACCCGGCGGCGUUCGGACCGGUGCCCCGGCUCCGCUCCCUGAAGCUGUCGUCCAACAGGCUGUCGCGCCUUCCCGCGCGGGCGUUCGCAAACCUGACCGGUCUCCGCCAGCUGUUUCUCAGUGGCAACGAGCUGGAGGCGAUCCCGCCGGGCCUGUUCGACGCGCUCGCGGCACUGACCGUGCUGGACCUCAGCAGCAACCGCCUGGCUCACCUCGACGAAAACGUCUUCCGGAACCUCGGAAACCUCAUCCAGCUGGACCUGGGGAGGAACUCUCUGAGACAACUCCCCGCGUCUGUGUUCAGCCGCUUGGCUAAAUUGACUCACCUCAGGCUCUACUACAACCAGCUGGAGUCUGUCCGUCCUGGAACCUUCGACAACAUCAAAGACAUUCUUGAACUGGACCUCUUCAACAACCAAAUCAGUCGACUCUCUCCUCGCCUGUUCUGGAACAUGCCCAACCUAGUGAAGCUUACUCUGUCCCGGAACAGACUCCAGACUAUCCCAGCCCAGAGUUUUUACUACCUUCCAAAUAUAACCUUCCUCAGCUUCUACAAAAACCCUCUCACCUUCCUACCCGACCAGCUCAUUGGACACAUGCCAAGCCUCAAGAAGUUUUACCUGUAUGAAACGGAGUUAGACACCCUUCCAGAAAAUCUGUUUUGUAACAUGACAACACUGGAAAUGCUCUCGGUCACCUUUAACAGCAGGCUGAGGCAUCUUCCAAAAGACAUCUUCUCUUGUCUCUCCGGCCUCUACAGGCUCAAACUGGAAGCCAACAGCCUAGAAUUUCUCCAUAGGGACCUGUUCUCCGCCCUGAUCAACCUAGAAACCCUGAUUCUCAACUCCAACCAGCUUCGCUCCCUCCCUCCCGAUGUCUUUCGCAAUGUCCCGAAACUCGCCAACCUAAGUCUGGAGCACAACCGUUUGGAAACCCUUCCCGGAGGGGUUCUAUCAACGGCGGUCGGGUUGAGAAUGGUCACUCUCAGAGACAACCCCUGGCAGUGCACCUGCGAUAUCCUGGACUUUGCCCAGUGGGUCGGCCGGAUGCGAACCGUGGUUGAAGAUUACGAGCGUGUGGCGUGCCACGCGCCGCCUCGUCUACGGAACACCUCCCUGGGCUCGUUGUCCGCCGAGUCGGUUCGUUGUUGGGUUACCCCUACAGCUGACUUUACCAGUAAUGUUAGCCAUACUACCAUCACUCUCAAGGCAUUCACCACCGAAGGUGACCCGGUUGCCAAAAUUGGGCCGAUUAACUAUAGUGCUGUCACUCACAAGGCAUCCCCCACAGAGGGUAACCCGAUUGCCGAAAGCGGGCCCUCGGAGGACUCUUCAGGCCCGCCUUCUUGGUACGACCUCACGAAAGGGGCCGCGAGCGCGGCUCGACCGACGGCUCAAACUGCCGCUCGCCAGACUCGAUCUUCGUCCGGCACCGCUGCCUUGCCGCGCACCUCCACCGAAGAUCGCCCCCUAGAGGACGGCCUCGGUAAAGGGUCGCAGGCUUUUUACGAAGUCGUCGUCCUGCAGCCGGAGUACAGCAUUGUGCACAACAAUCGAUUAAACGGCUGGGUCUACCUGUGGACGCUGCCCCCUAGUGGCCCGUACAUCACGUUCCUGGUGGUGUUCCACGUCCUUCUGGUGGCCACGUGCGUGGCACUGAUCGCCGGAAGUCUCUGGGUGCUUUACAGGCUGAACCAAGCCAUGGAGCGAGUCGCUGAAGGGACCGUACGCGAGAAGAAGAACAGGAGCGCAUCCGGAAGAAAGUGAAGAUUCUCAGACUAAAAGUUAAAAAUUGUAGCACAUGCCGCAAAGAAUCAUUUUCUCGCAUUAACGGGAAUUGGUGUUUCUUAAAACCAUGGGUCAGGGGCCCAGAUUGGGUCGUGGGAGUGUGUGGGGUGGACCUUGGAAUGAGUGGGUGGUCCAUUAGGCUGUGCUAGUAUGUGUAUUUGACGUGUCAACGAAAGGUACUACAUUUCUAAAUUUGGGUACUGUUUUUAAAAAAGGAUUUCUAAUUUAGCGAUAUUUAAAAUUGGUUGAAGAACUGGUGACAUGGACCAUACCAUUUGUCUUGCACAACAAAUUUUGUUUGUAUUUGUAAUUCACUUUUGCUUUUCUUGCUGUUCUGGCUUUGCUCAUAAAUUUCCAUUUGCCAUUUACCAUUUACCACAUAUUUGCUUGCGCAUAUUUCAACAUGUUAACAGUUUAAACAGGGGUUUUUUAAAAAUAUAUUUCAUUCUUUGUCGUGAGCCAAAAUGGCCAUUGUCAAUUGCAAUAUUGGUAUCUUUCAUUGAAGCUCUGGACUCAUUUCAUUUUGUUUGUGGAUUUGUGUGUAUGUGUGGCCAUUAUGCUGAAGCCACUACAUUAAAUGAAGGCAAAAAAAACAAGGAAUAAUAUGUAAAUAUGUAACCCUGGAGCGAUGGUUUAAGAAACGUGCGAUGACAUGAGCUGUAUUUACCGUAUGAAAGAAUGCUGGGGUGCUUGUUUAUGUUUUCAUCUUUUAAAAAUAUUUUUUUUUAAAGGAGAGCAGGCAAUCUACCCUACUUAUAUAUUUAUUUACUUUAAUCUGAAGACUUUGUGGUACUGUUUUAUGCUUCCGUUUUCAGCAAAAAUUGAUGUUUCAGAUAUAAUACGUUAAUGCACUUUUUGUUGUUUGUCUAUUUUUCUGCUACCGUGUUUUGGCAACACCUCCCAUUAAUACACUAUUGGAGGAAAUUAAAGAUCUGCUGCAGUAAA